AGCCCGGGAGCCAUCCAGGACGUAGGGACGAAGACUAAAAGGCAUAAGAGAGUGUGAAUCCACUAUGGCGCUGUCUUGGUGUCUUGGUGCAGCUUUGGCACUGGUAUGUGGAUCUUUGUGGCCCCAGGUGCACUCAGGUGUGGCACCUGAGAAUGAGGUGCCACUUCGCCCAACUACGUGGUUACCAGAAGGAAAGAUCACCUCUGUAACCCUACCUAAAGGACGAACUCGCAGGUUAUACUUCACGCUGAAAAAGAAAGCUCCGGGGAUGUCGGUGACAGUCAGUCCUUGUGACCUUCCCAUUGAAUGGACCUUGACUGCUCGCACCCUGAAGGACAAACCCCUCAAAAACCUGCAAUGGAGUACUAAAAAAAGCAUGCCUGAGGUGUGGUGGCGAGGUCCUGGGACAGAGGAGAAAAUACACAGCAAUACUGGCAAUACAGUGGAAAGCUACAGUGGUCCAACCUAUCCAAGCGCUUCCAUCUACAUCCUAAGGCUACGCUCCAAACAGCAGAACACCAGAGCUACAGUGUAUCUUCAUGAAGGCCUGGGGCCUUCAGGCAUCUUCCCUCUGCUCCCAGCUGACCCGCAAGUUCACACAUUAGGUGUAGGCAUGACCAGCGUCACCCUCAGCUGGGCACCCAGUGCCUCCAUAACGAGCCUCCCACAUACACAGACCAGUUAUGAAUACUGUGUCCUUGUCAACUCACAGGAAAACUACCCCAGCCUUUGUGCUGCACAGAAGAGUAUGAGGAAAGAGAAAGACCAAAAACAAGAAAAGAAGGACAGACGGAGCAGGGUGACGGUCUGGCCCAUUUUGAAAGAGUGGUGGUGGCAGCAGUGGGACACUUAUCCUGAAAGUCCUCAAAGUCCACCAGCUUCCCUCACUGAUGAGUAUGAAGACCUCCAAUGUGUGUGUCAGGGGACAGAAAGUGUUUGCACUGUCUCAGAGCUCCUGCCUGAGACCCAGUAUUACUUUGAUGUCUUUGUGGUCGACAGGCUGAAUGGGACCAGCAUGGCAUACAAGGGGACACUUGCUCGGACACAUGAGGAGGCUCGACCUGCUAUUACCGCCCUUAGAGAAGGAGAGCUGAGGUGGGUGACUUUCCAAGACAGAGGCUUCAGCUCGGAGCAGUUCUUCAGUUUCCGUCCUCGGGGUUGGCAACAGAGUGGCCUCCUCACCUUGCAGAGCUGUGGGGAAGGUGAAAAGGUCAAGGUGACUGUAUCUAGUAAAGGUCAGGUCUUGACCUCUCAGGCUGCUGGGCGAGAAUUAGCGCACAUAUGGCUCCAGGGAAGUACUUCCUAUCUCAUCCACCUGGAGAGAGAAGGAACCGCCAUGGACCACACCUCUGCUGUUACAGACCCAUCGCUACCAGAAGGUCUGACAGCUUCAGUCAAAAUGCAGACCUCAUCAGCUUACCACCGCAGAGGAGUCCCAUCUCUGCCCUCCACCUUACAGAUAAAAUCCUUCAACCGAUUGCGUGGUUGCAGUAGUGUCACCCUAGCAUGGAUGGGAACAGAAGAAAGAAGCCUUUACUGUGUGUACCGCAGAAAGCUUGGAAGCCAUGAAGCAGAAGCUGGCGGAGCAUCAGCUCUAACUGCACCCUGUCUGGGGCCAGAGUCCCGCUCUGACACCGAGAGAGUUCUCUGCAAGUAUUUCCAAGAGCUGAAUCCUCGGCGGGCCGUCACUACAGCUGUGAUUGGGGGCCUGGAGCCAGGAAUGGCCUAUGUGUUUGAUGUCUAUCUAAUGAGACGCUGGGGGAUCCCUAUCAAGUACACCAGCAAGAUGGUGAAGACUAGAAAGGAAUGCUGAGCUGCUGCCCCCUACAGGAGGUUUUUAAACUGUCCCAGUUAAGGGACAAAUGCAUCAGCCAUGGGCAUGCUAUAAAGACUGUCCAAGAGAACGAAGCCAUUUGACUGUUGUAGAGAGACUGUUACCAUAACAAGGAAAUAUUCCCUCUGGAGGAGCAAUGGUUACAUUCAAGAUCUCCACUUACACGAUCUGUGCAAGUGGAUAGAAAGCAUAUGAGAAGGAUCUGCACACCAGCAAAAGUUCAUAACAUUUACAAUACAGUUCCUGUGCUUUUGUCAUUUUUUCCAUUGUUGAUCAUAAUAAUAAUGUGCCAGUUGUCCAAGUGCUUAUUUUGUGUCAGAAUACAAAGAACGGAUGAGGUUUGUGAUGACAAAAGUCAAGACAAAAACAACAACAGAGUCUGUGCCAAAUAUGCAACAGAAGCAGAUGGGGCAAUAAUUAGAUCACAUCUGAGAUGCGGGGGUUGUAGUAUAUAUCUCCAGUGCUGCAUAUUGUACAGGCUUAUAAACACAGAUGGGUGCAAUCUACAGAUGCUACGUUCAAAGUCAGUGUGUAUCUUUGUGUUCUGCUUUCGCAUGAAGCAGUGAAAAUACUUAGUGACUUGCCUCAUUGUCUUUGAUGUAUUCUUGUGCUGCUUCAAACUCAUUAAUAAAUACUUGGGUAUCCGUAUGGUUCUGCCUGACUGAUGCAUGUAUUUGCACUAUUUUGUGAAAUUCUAAAUUUAACGCUUCAGCUUUUAUCAUGAGAAAUUAAGUCUGUUGGGUUGCUCAAGGCCACACUAAUCUGUGGCAUUUAAUUAAGGGGAGAUUUAUGAUUUAUUUUGGUUAAUAGAUUCAAAGUAAGGUUGAAGUAUAAAAAAAUGUAUUUUACAUAGACUUUAAUCUGCUGAUAGAUUUUUUUCAGGAGAAAAUAAUAUUUAAAAAAAAAAUUAAAAGGGGUCAUUUAUAUAUGGCAUUAUCACUUCAGACACAGCAGCGUUAACAUCAUUACACAAUAAUUUGUCUGCAGCAUCACCCGUUAACCUCAAUCUUAGCAUUUGAUCAUGCUGUGAUCAUAUUUGAAUGAGAGGAUGGAUUUAAAUUAUUAGCUAGCAAUAAGGCUAGCAAGCUUGGUAAUCAAGCUCCACCCAUAAGCUGUACAGGUUCAACACCUGCUAAAUAAAGAUGACAGCGAUACUGAGAUGAGUUGUUGAGAAUAUCAACUUUUCUGUAGGUAAACACUGUUGCAUUUUUGCCACUGAGCUGCUGUUAGCUGCUGUUGGCUCUUGUUAGCUGCUAUUAGCCGGUGUUAGUGAAAAUUUCUUUGAAACAGAUCAAACACAAUGUGAGAGUAAAAUCAAACCUUUAAUAAGAGGAAAAGCGUGACUUUUAAGACACUCAAACCUAACAUUAGCUGACAUAGCGUUAGCUUAUAACCAGCUGUUGUUGCAUAGCUGGCAGUUUAAAGUAUUUAACACUUUGCAUAAUCAUAAACAUGAUAUUACUGAAUCAUAAUUGGGUCAUUCUUACUAUUCGGUGCCAUUUGAGUCCUAAUGACAUAAUAUGGUAUAUUUAGUGUAAAACUUGUCUAAUGCUUAUUUCUAAACCAUUUUCUUGUAUGUUUAACCCCCCUCUACCAUAGAACACAUUGAUAUAUACACAGGAUAAAUACAUUAAAAGUACAUUACUUUUAUUUUAGCACAAGUCACUAAAGUACUAUGUCCCCAGUCAUGCUUGCUCGACUUCAGUUACAAAUAUAACUUAAAAAAAUUCUGGAUUGGCUUAUUUCUAAUGUUCCUCAUCAAAUGUUCUUUUUUAUUAUUAAGCCAUGUUUAAUACUUAAAAUCUUUAAAAAAUGUUGUGUCCCUGAAUCAACUGUCACCCCUGUUACUCUGAUAAGAAUUCCAUAGAACACAUCACCUGAUUAUUCUUUUAGUCACAUGACA